GUUGGCAGCCUCGGUGGUUUGUUCUAGACAAUGGGAUAUUAUCGUACUAUGAUUCACAGGAUGAUGUUUGCAAAGGCAGCAAAGGAAGUAUAAAGAUGGCUGUGUGUGAAAUAAAAGUUCAUGCAACAGACAACACAAGAAUGGAGCUAAUCAUCCCAGGGGAACAGCAUUUCUAUAUGAAAGCAGUUAAUGCAGCUGAAAGGCAAAGGUGGCUGGUAGCAUUGGGGAGUGCAAAAGCCUGUUUAGCAGAUACCAGAACAAAAAAAGAAAAAGAAAUAAGUGAGACCAAUGAAUCUCUUAAAACCAAAAUGUCCGAACUUCGUCUCUACUGUGAUCUUUUAAUGCAGCAAGUUCAUACAAUACAAGAGUUUGUUCAUCAUGAUGAGACUCGCCCUCCUCCCAGCAUUGAGAACAUGAAUGAAGCCUCUUCCUUGCUUAGUGCCACAUGUAAUACGUUUAUCACGACACUUGAAGAAUGUGUGAAGAUCGCUAAUGCCAAGUUUAAGCCAGAAAUGUUCCAGCUGCCUCACCCUGAUCCCUUAGUUUCUCCCGUGUCACCGUCACCUGUCCAAAUGAUGAAGCGUUCCAUUAGCCACCCUGGUCCUUGCUACUCAGAAAGGAAUAAUCACCCUGUAAAAGAACCAGUUUCAUCCCUUCACCGAUUUUCACAGCGGCGCAGAAGAACAUACUCAGAUACAGAAACUUACAGUGAUACUCCUUUUGAAGAUUCUCAGA